GCAUUUGCAGAUAGGAUUUAUUAUGGUCUAUAAUCUUACAGAAAACAUUUAUUAAUCGAAAGCUUUUUUAAAAUAUACCGAGAUAUUUCAACAUUUUCUCAAGUUCUAGAGUAUUUUAUGAUUUCAUUUAUCUACGUCCGAUUACGAUAAGAUAAUAGCUCUAUGUACGGUACCCGGUGCAACGAUCAAAUCCAAAAUGAAACCAUGUCAGUAUUGGAACAGAAAUGUACGAAAUAAAAAGUGUUAUAUAAAGUUUAGUUUUUAAUUAGAAUGUAUCUAUUCUCAUUGUGAAUAGGCAGUAUUCGGAAAAUAGAAGAAGAAUUGAGCCACCAAGAUUCCGAGUUACCCUCCAAUUUUAAAAGAAUAGCCUCACAAUGCUGCGGAGUGCUGGCCGCGAACUCGAUAAAAUUCACAACGAGCACAUUCCAUGGAUUCCACAUAAUGCUCAUCGCGGAGUUACAUAAGAAAGACUCCGAAAUCGACAUAACACUCAAUCAGCUGACUUGGCUGGCGAGCUUGGACUUUCUCGUGCCGAUAGGCUCGAUAAGCACCGCAUUCAUCACUCAGCGCGUGGGCAGUCGGCUGGUGAUGCUAUGGUGUUCGAUACUCUACGUGACCAUUUGGCUGAGCUACAGCUACUCGACGAGCACGACGAUGCUGAUGACGGCGCAAAUUUUGUACAGCCUGACGCGAGGCGCCCUCAAGACACCCACCAGCACCUACGUCACGGAGAUAAGCGAGCCUCGACUGAGGGGAUCGUUUCUCGCUACCUGUCACCUCGCCUCGACCUUUGGAACUUUCUUCUCGCUGCUCAUGGGUAGUCUACUGUACUGGAGGACAGUUGCGCUCAUUAACAUCGCGUUUCCUAUCGUUAGCUUCAUCGUAAUUUUGGCCAUCCCCGACAGUCCGAUGUGGCUUGCAAGUCAAGGCCGACUCGACGAAGCCGAAGACGCUCUCUGCUGGCUCCGCGGUUGGGCAAGAACAGCAGUGCACGUGCGGAGCGAGUAUCAGUCCCUGGUGGAGAGCUUCAACAGGUCCUCCUUCUUCUCCACGGUGGCCCACGACGAGAGCUCCGAACAAAACUCGAGAAAGCUCGAACGACUGAGGGCAAAGCUCAAGCCCUACUCGCAGCGAUCGUUCUACCUGCCCCUUGCCUCGGUCAGCCUGAUCUACUUCAUCCACUUCUUCAGCGGCGUCUCGGCGAUCCAGGUAUACUCGAUGUUGAUCUUCCGGGAGAUGGACUCGCCGAUCCACGUGUCAGUGGCGACGACGUCUAUGGGCGCCAUGCGCAUAAUCGGCGCCCUCGUCGUCUUUCUCUGCAUCCGGCUGAGCGGCAAGCGGCGACUGGUCUUCGGUUCGCUCCUCGUAGCCGGUGGCUGUCAUCUGGUGAUCAGCGGCGUGGGCUUCUUGCUUCAGCACCUGCCUCCGCAGAUUUCGCCCGAAUCGACGCCGUAUCCUUGGGUCUCGCCGAUCGCCAUGAUCAUAGCCGUGUUCGCCAAUUCGUCCGGAGUCGAGACGAUCGUCCACAUGCUCAACUGCGAGAUCUUUCCUCUGAGCAUUCGGUACAUAGGAUCGGCGAUCGGCGGCUCGGUCGGCUCGGUCAUGCAGUCCAUCAUGAGCAAAGCCUUUCUCUACAUGCUCGACGGAUUAACUCUGCCGGGACUGUUUCUCUAUUUCGGCUUGAUGAACGGCGUUGCCAUGAUCGCCUACUACUUUGUCUUUCCCGAGACCGAGGGCAGGUCGCUCAAGGAGAUCGAGGAACAUUACGGCGGAAUCAAAAGUUUGACCGAUGAUGAUGGUAGGAACGAACGCCGAGAGAAAAAUAUUUGAAUGUAGUUUUUUUGUAAUAAAAAGUUUUUGAAAUCCA